AUGGCCAUCUCUGUUCCCGACUCCUUUAGCCCGACGCGGUUGGCCUUUCUGGACGACAAAGGCGGAAACCCGCCAAAGCAGAGCAUGUGGCACCGGUUGGGUUUGCGAAAAUUAUGGCAGGGUCGCGACGAUCAUCGAGAGACAUCUGCUGGGGAGAGUCAGGACGAGAUUUCUCCCCGCCCUUCGUCUGACAACUCCCGCACCAAACAGGACAACUUGACACGUCGACUUUCGCGAAAAGUUGUCGGUUUACCACGAACCACGCCUUUCAAGCGACAAAGCUCCGAUCUCGAGCGACUGGCUCCUCGGGAACCUGAUCACCGCCGUGCUCUCUCCGCCGACCGCCGCCCCUUGAGUUCCCAGAGAAGCAGGUCUCCACCGCCAACCGUGGGCCCCAGACAGUCCGCGCCCGAGGUUCAGUGGCUCGGCCCGUCACCCACAACCACGGUCGACGACGGCCCCGAACCAGAAACCGAAACGAACGAUGUCCACGAGAGCAACGAUAUCUUCGAAUCUUCGAACCCCUAUCCGGAAAUGACGACGGAUGAUUUUGACACACCAGGAGAGGAAGAAGAGGAUCGUCUCACAGUUGAUUUGGAUAUGGAACUGGAACAACGGUGGAUUUUGAACUUGAGCAUGCACUUCCGAGAUGGGUCAGAGCGAGAAAAGUUCUUCGUGACGUACGCGGAGACCCCGAAUCGAUGGCGCCGAGUCACGAUCUCCUGCGAUUACCACGAUGCACCCCCUUAUUCACUGGAGCGGGAAUUGAAGGGACUACGGUAUCAGCGUGACAAGUGUGCGCGCAUUUACGAAUCCAUUCGCGAGUCCCUUCUCGCGAUCCAAUUCUAUGAAGGCGUCACGAAUCUCAGGCUCGAGACGAGCGAUGGCCGCUUACACGUCCAUGUGACAGAGGACGUAAACGAAACAAUCCCGUACCCGCCCAUCUCCAGUGUCAGGCAUUUGGUCAACGCUCCUAUCAUCCCCGAAGACUCGUUGCAUUUCGAAUCCCAUCUAUCCGGCUUUGUCUACAAGAUAAACCUGGACGGGCGGUUUUAUAUUAAGAAGGAAAUACCCGGCCCUGAUACUGUGGACGAGUUUCUCUACGAGAUCAACGCCUUGCAUGCACUGAAAGACCGCCCAAGUGUGAUCCAAGUGGAAGGAAUCGUGAUCGAUGAGUGGCGAGGUGUCGUGAAGGGCUUGCUAAUUAGCUAUGCAGAAAAGGGCGCACUGGUUGACAUUCUGUACGAGCAACGCGGGCGAACGAGCUUCUCACGACGUGAGCGAUGGGCAAAGCAGAUUGUCCAGGGCCUCUGUGAGAUCCACGAGUCGGGCUACGUGCAAGGCGAUUUCACACUCGCGAACAUUGUGGUGGAUGCAGACGACAAUGCAAAAAUUAUUGACAUCAACCGUAGGGGAUGUCCAGUAGGGUGGGAGCCCCCUGAAAUUGCCGCUAAGAUCGAGAGCAACCAGCGCAUCUCUAUGUAUAUUGGGGUCAAGACCGAUCUCUUCCAACUGGGUAUGACGCUGUGGGCAUUAGCAAUGGAGGAGGAUGAACCUGAACGACAACCACGACCCCUUCGACUGGGCGAUGACGCGAAGAUCCCUGACUAUUACCGACGGAUAGUGGACAUCUGUUUAAGCCCGACUCCGCGACACAGGCUCUCCGCGAAGGAACUUCUCUCUAUGUUCCCCAUACUACCGGAAGCACGGGUAUCAACGCCCGUCCGGCUAUUGGAGACCCUUAUAGACGACUCCGGGCACUUGCCAAUUCGGAGCAACAACUGGGCUCAGCCUCAGCCUCAGCCUGCUGGGCUCGCGCUGUCAUUGCCAGGGGGCAUGAUACAGCAAAACGACCAGUAUUGCCCCCAAAAGGAGUUUUCCGAAGACUCCUAUGGUGAUCUGCAUCACCCCAUCUUCUCUGGAAACCACGACCUCGUCAAGCGAUCAACAAUAACUCUUGCAGAAUCCAAUGAAGACAUGGACUUUUCAUCUAAGCCAUCUUCCUCCUCCACUCUGAAUCACCACGAACCUCAGAGUCAUGACGGGUACACUGACAUAUCUGGCCAUUUUAAUAAUGGCCCAUUACCCUACCUACCCUUCAACAGUGAGAGCCUAGAAGCUACUCCAGUUUCCCAGACAAGGUCAAUGGACAAUGGUUUCUACGGCCACCCAAUGGAAUCACAAGCCUUACCAGAUGAAUCUGUCUGUCUCGAAAGUUCCUGCAUGAACAAUCAGCUAAAAACAUCCGAUGGGGCGACCCACAAAAGUCCUCGGGCUUCCCUUGACUCUGCAAUCACCGCACCUCCACACCCGCCUCCAGUCAGUGAAUCUCUUGUUGAGUCGCAGCAACGGGAGGUCCUGAAACUACCAAGCCCAGAAGCUGCUAAUGACGAGGGUGACCUUGAAACCUCAGCUUUGCCUAUUAACCCUACGUUACGUGAUUGCGAUACAUCAAGCGACAGUCAGACCGUACCUUUUUCAAUAACUCCAUCUUCAAUCAAUCAUGCAAGUCAGGACAAUCUGGAUCAGCGGUGUGCAAAGCCCACCAAUGACAACGAUAACCUUGAAUCCUCAGUUUUGCCCAUCAGCCCUACUUUCCGUGACUCUCAAGGUUCUAUCGGCCUUCAGAGCAUCCCACGAUCGGUGAAAGCACCUUAUACCGAGCCGCCAGACCAGAGUUAUGUGAAUUUACCAUGCGCAAACAUCGAAACCAAGGCCAAAUUUACUGAACCAUCGCCCUCGUCGUCAUAUCUCUCUCUCUCGGAACUACCCAUCAGUCCUGCUUUCCGUUCUUCUGGAACUUCUAUCGACGCUCUGCCGACCGCUUCAUCGCUGAACUCUUUGUCUCUCAAAACGCCAAGGCAGGAUAACCUGGAUCAAUCACACGCAAAACAUAUUACCCAUAUUAAGAACGUAGCCACAACGCCAUCAGACCCUACAUCUUCACAACCUCGCCCGACCUCGCCUAUCAAUCCUACUCUAGCUUGCUCUAAGCCUUCAGUCGAGCCUACGAGCGCCCCUCCACCGGUGAACUCUUCUUCUAUUGAAUUAGAGCAGACACAUGCGAGUUCACUAUGCGCAAACGCCGAUAUCAAACCCAAAUUUACUGAACCUUCGCCCUCAACAUCAAUCCUGGCCCGCUCAGAACUACCGAUCAGCCCAGCCUUUCGUUCUUCCAAGACUUCUAUCGACACUUUCAGCGGCCCAUUAUCACAGGGCCCUUCUCCCAUUAAAACGCUAAACCCGGACCAUUCGAUUGUACCACGUGAGGACGAUAAGGCAUCCAUAUCACCGUCAACACAAUCCCGAUUCUCUUCAAUGCACAUAUCCAGCCUCCGUCAUACUGGGGCUUCCAUUGGCUCGCUGGGGACACCAUUCGCAUCAAGUCCAUCUGUCGUCGGAAUUGGCCUUCUCAGACGGCCAUGGGAAAAGCCACCUGCAAAUAAUCCAGAUUUCAACCCUGCGUCGACAUUUCAAUCAGGGUCCGCCGCAUCUCCGUGGGACUCUCGGACUCUGAGAAAGCCAGAGAGCACUAUGCUACCGGCCAAAUCAUAUCCUUCCGAACCGCAGAGGGAUGAACAGUUGGGCCAAUCCAGCCCAAAGACAGCCGAUAUCAAGGCACAAACAGAUCAAUCGAACUCCAACUCUUAUCUGCUUGGUUCGAAGUUACCCAUUAGUCCUGCUCAUCCAAAUUCAACGCCAAGUCCUACUUAUGCCGAGGUCGAGAUGGCACGUGCUGUUCAUGGGUCACCUUCAAGUCAAGCCAACCAGAGCAUUUCGGGCCAGGCGUGUUCUUCCUCGAGUCGAUUCUAG